UUUCUCCCUCUCCUGUGGAGCUAACACAGUCCGGCCGUUUGCAAGGGGGGAGGGUGGUCUCUACACGCAGGAGUACCUCAGCUGCGGGACAACAUACAAGGACAGAAAUCAUUGACCUCCUCCUGGCAUCAGGACCAGAAAUACUAACUUAAGUUUUUAUAUCAAUCUACAAUAGCUGAAAACACCUCUCCAAAAAAAAAAAUUUACCCUUGACACUAAUGGGCAAUUUUUGUAAAACAUGUUUUAAGAACUUUUGUUGACAUCUAUUUUCUACCUGUUGCACAGUUCUAUAUUGUUAUUCAGUGGGCACUAAUGGUAGCCUACAGAAGGUGUAGCUACAAAUGGUCCACCUUCUCCUUUAGCAACAAGAAACUUCGGGUCUUGGAAAGAAACAACAUAUUCAGAGAAAAUGGUAUACAAAGGAAAGCGACUAGUCUCCUGCCAUUGUUUUUUCUUAUUAACAGCCAAAUUCUACUGGAUACUCACUAUGAUGCAAAGAACUUGUGGCCAGGAAUAUGCUCACUCCAUUCGACUGGAUGGGGACAUCAUCUUGGGAGGACUGUUUCCUGUCCAUUCAAAAGGGGAUAGAGGGGUGCCUUGUGGAGAGCUGAAGAAGGAGAAGGGGAUUCACAGACUAGAGGCAAUGCUGUAUGCAAUAGACCAGAUCAAUAAGGACCCUGAUCUACUUGCCAAUAUCACUUUAGGUGUCCGGAUCCUUGAUACUUGUUCCAGGGACACUUAUGCUUUGGAGCAAUCCUUAACAUUUGUGCAAGCUUUGAUAGAAAAAGAUGGUUCAGAUGUAAAGUGUGCUAAUGGAGAUCCCCCUAUUUUCACUAAGCCUGAUAAGAUAUCAGGUGUAAUAGGUGCUGCUGCAAGUUCGGUGUCCAUCAUGGUUGCAAAUAUUUUAAGACUUUUUAAGAUACCUCAAAUCAGCUAUGCAUCCACAGCUCCAGAACUAAGUGAUAACACCAGGUAUGAUUUUUUUUCCCGAGUGGUUCCACCUGACUCAUAUCAAGCCCAGGCCAUGGUUGAUAUCAUGACAGCCCUUGGAUGGAACUAUGUGUUGACCCUGGCUUCAGAGGGAAACUAUGGAGAGAGUGGUGUAGAAGCAUUUACUCAGAUCUCAAGAGAAAUUGGAGGUGUUUGUAUUGCUCAGUCUUUAAAAAUUCCCCGUGAACCAAAACCAGGAGAGUUUGACAAGAUCAUCAAACGCUUGUUGGAAACUCCUAAUGCUCGAGCUGUAAUCAUGUUUGCAAAUGAGGAUGAUAUUAAGAGAAUAUUAGAGGCAGCCAAAAAAGCUAAUCAAACAGGACAUUUUCUUUGGAUUGGCUCAGAUAGUUGGGGGUCAAAAAUUUCACCUGUUUAUCAACAGGAAGAGAUUGCAGAAGGAGCAGUCACCAUUCUGCCCAAAAGAGCUUCUAUAGAUGGAUUUGAUCGAUAUUUUCGGAGCCGUACCCUUGCUAAUAACAGAAGAAAUGUAUGGUUUGCAGAAUUUUGGGAAGAGAAUUUUGGAUGCAAAUUAGGAUCACAUGGAAAAAGAAACAGUAAUAUCAAGAAAUGCACAGGCUUAGAAAGAAUUGCAAGAGAUUCAGCCUAUGAGCAAGAAGGAAAGGUGCAAUUCGUAAUUGAUGCUGUUUAUUCCAUGGCCUAUGCACUACACAACAUGCAUAAAGAAAUCUGUCCUGGAUAUAUUGGCCUGUGUCCAAGAAUGAGCACAAUUGAUGGGAAAGAGCUACUUAGUUAUAUCCGGGCUGUAAACUUUAAUGGGAGUGCUGGAACACCUGUUAUUUUCAAUGAAAAUGGAGAUGCUCCUGGGCGCUAUGAUAUUUUUCAAUAUCAAAUCAUCAACAAAAGUGCAGAAUACAAAGUGAUUGGUCAGUGGGCUAAUCAACUUCAUCUAAAUGUAGAAGACAUGCAGUGGGCCAAUAAAGAACACAUUCAUCCAGCAUCUCUCUGCAGCCUUCCCUGUAAACCUGGAGAAAGAAAGAAAACAGUAAAGGGAGUGUCGUGCUGUUGGCAUUGUGAGCGCUGUGAUGGGUACCAAUACCAAGUGGAUGAGUUUACCUGUGAACUGUGUCCUUUUAAUAAGAGACCAAAUGCCAACCGUACAGAUUGCCAGCUUAUUCCCAUAAUCAAACUGGAAUGGCAUUCUCCUUGGGCUAUUGUGCCUGUAUUCGUAGCUAUGCUUGGAAUUAUUGCAACCACCUUCGUAAUUGUGACUUUUGUCCGCUACAACGACACCCCCAUCGUCAGGGCCUCUGGACGUGAACUUAGCUAUGUGCUCUUGACUGGGAUUUUUCUCUGUUACUCUAUCACUUUUUUAAUGAUUGCAACUCCGGAUACCGUGGUAUGCUCGUUUCGACGGAUCUUUUUAGGACUUGGCAUGUGCUUCAGUUAUGCUGCCUUGCUCACCAAAACAAACAGAAUUCACAGAAUAUUUGAACAAGGUAAAAAAUCUGUCACUGCUCCAAAGUUUAUUAGCCCAGCUUCACAGCUGGUGAUCACCUUCAGCCUCAUAUCCAUGCAACUUAUUGGAGUCUUCAUCUGGUUUGCUAUUGAUCCACCACAUAUCAUAGUAGAUUAUGGAGAGCAGAGGACACUUGAUCCAGAAAAUGCCAGGGGAGUUCUCAAAUGUGACAUUUCUGAUCUUUCACUAAUUUGUUCCCUGGGAUACAGUAUUCUCUUGAUGGUCACAUGCACUGUUUAUGCUAUUAAAACAAGGGGGGUUCCAGAGACCUUCAAUGAAGCAAAACCCAUUGGAUUUACUAUGUACACCACCUGCAUAAUUUGGUUAGCUUUUAUUCCAAUCUUUUUUGGUACUGCACAGUCAGCAGAGAAGAUGUACAUCCAGACAACAACACUUACUGUCUCCAUGAGUUUAAGUGCUUCUGUGUCUCUGGGUAUGCUCUACAUGCCCAAGGUUUAUAUUAUCAUUUUUCAUCCAGAGCAGAAUGUUCAAAAACGGAAGAGGAGCUUCAAGGCUGUUGUGACAGCUGCCACAAUGCAAAGCAAACUGAUCCAAAAAGGAAAUGACAGACCAAAUGGCGAGGUCAAAACUGAACUCUGUGAAAGUCUUGAAACCAACACUUCCUCUAACAAGACGACUUAUGUGAGCUACAGCAAUCAUACAAACUGAACAGGGACAAGAAACACAAACGAAGACCUGCAGUAUGUGAACUUAAAAACAAUGACUUUACCAUCACCAAAAACUCAGUCUUGAAAAUAUCUGUAGACCACAGCUGAAUCAAUAGUCAGUCUUUUAAAGGAUAAGGAUUAACUAAGAGCUAAAAUCAGAAAGGGCAGGGGAGGAAAAAGCCUAAUUUUAUAAAAUACAGACCGAGUAUCAAACUUCUGAACUGUUCACUCACAAAAGGAAGUAAAUCACAAAAGGAAAACAAAUGUUAGCUUGUGAAAAAAUGCUGUUGAAAUAAACCAUGUCUGAUGUUAUAAUUGUAAGUACUUUUUUGUGAUUGUGAGAAUUUCCAUUCCUGUCCCACAUUGUUCAACUCGUACAACAAGAUGAGUUUGUUUCUUGUGAUGGCUGACUGAAUUGAAUCCCUGGGUUGUGCUAAAAUAAAUGCAAUGGU